GCACGAAGGCGGAAGCAAACAGAAGCAACUUGGCUUUGGAAUGCACGUCGAAAUAUUUAGAUGGCGAGGUAGCUCGAUCGCUAACUAGCCCAGUGAGGCGAGAUCUGAUGUUUAAAGAAUUAUUUCACACAUAGUUUAGCUAACAAAUUAAACUGUGAACUACACGUUCUUGACCAAGAUGGAGGAGACCAACCCAGAGCUUGUGACCUCGCCUCCCGGACCCGGAACCGGGAAGUCCAAGUUGGACACCUUGUCAAAAGAGGACCUGAUCAAGUUUUCCAAGAAACAAAUGGCUAUGUUGCAGAAGAUGAAAUCAAAAUGUGCAGAUUUGGAAAAAGAAGUUGACACACUGAAAGCUAAAUCGAACAGCAGCGAAGAUGACACUCUUAUUCAGGAGCUGACAGAGAGGAUGGAUGCUGUGCUGCUGGAAAAGGCUGAAACACAGCAGAAUCUGGUUUUGCUGCGGAAAGAUAAUGAGAAGGCCAAACAGCAGGCUCAGGAUGCACUGGAGGAGCUUGCCAGGCUUCGGGAACAGUUGGACCAGUCCAGCGCAGAUCACCUGAGAGAAAUGGAGGACCUGAAACAGACUAUGGAUGCGUCCCAUGCCAAGCACAAGGUGGAGGUGGAGAAGCUGCAGUUGCUUCUGAAGGAGAAGGAGGAGAAGGAGCAGGGGGAGGGCCUCCAGCAGCAGGAGCUGGAGGCGCGGCUGGAGUCAGUUCGGCAGAACUAUGAGGGCCAGCUGUCCUCCCUGCGGCGCGAGCUGGAGACCGCCGAGGAGGAGCGGCUCCGACAGUCACAGGAGGAGGCCCAGAUCCUGCGCGAGGAGGCGGCGAGAAUAAGGAGCGCUCACGAGGAGGAGGUGCGGGAGCUGACGGAACAGCUGGAGACGUCUGCAGCAGAUUUUGAGAUGGAGAGAGAGCGGCUGCUCCUGCUGCAGGACGAGCUUUCGGAGCAGCUGUCUCUGAAGGACAGCUUUCUGCAGGACGUGCAGGAGGAGGAGGAGGACGCUGGCCGGGCCGGGGGUGGCCGGGGUGGGACAGCGGCCGGGGGGACUGAGGCCUUGCACACUGAGGACCGGGACGACGAGAUAGGCCAGCUGAGGCUGGCACUGGGGGACCUGCAGUCCCAGAAUUCCAUGCUGCAGGAGGAGCUGAUAUACCUGGGCAAUGUGAAGGCCGGGCUGGAAGCGGAGCUGCUACAAGCCAAGGAGGAUUUCCAGCUGGAGAAGGAGGAGCUUGAGUUCAAGGUUAACGAACUGCAGAUGUGCCGGGAGGAUGGUGAGGGCUUGGAUGCGAAGAGCUUGGAGCAGCCCCAGGUCUCUGCUCAGCAACAGCAAGAGAUCCCAGCCCUGGAGGAGCUCCACAGGGCGGCGAUGGCCCAGCUGGAGAGGGACCUCCUCCUCAAGGCCCAGGAGGAGAAGGAGAUAAUGGCUCAGGAGGUCAGCGAGCUCCGUGAGAGAUGCGACCGGCUCUUUGCGGAGAGGAACGUGGCCGCGGAUGAGUGCGAGGAGACGAAGGAGAUCCUGCGCAACCUGGAAGUGGAGCUGGGGGAGCGGACCGGAGAGUUUGUAAAGCGGUACGACGCCAUGAAGGAGCAGGGCGCUGCGGCGGUCCAGGAGCUGCAGGAGAAGCUGCGGGCCUCGCACAGCCAGAAUGACGGCCUCCGGGAGAGACUCAGGGGCCUGGAGCUGGCGGCAGAGGAGGCGCAGGUCGAGGAGGAGCUGAGAAGCUCGCUGGAGGCCCUGCGGGAGAAGAACAAGGACAUCCUGUCCCUACUGCAGGAGAAGGAGAGCGCCGUGCAGGAGCUGGAGGAGCAGGUCUCCACCCUGGCCUCCGAGAAGGAGGCCGCUCAGGAAGCACUGGAGGCGGUGCAGCAAGAGCUGGAGAGGGCCAGGGAGGACCAGAGUGCCGAACAGGGGAACGCUUCUAAACUGGAGCUGUGCCUCCACAGCCUGACCCUGGAGAAGGAGGAGAUGCAGAAGAGGCUGGAGCAGUCGACCACUGCCCUGGAGGAGAGAGAGCAUGCAGGGCGGAGGGCGGAGGGCAUGCUGGAGGAGGUGGCUGCGGACAGGGAGCAGCUGGCCUCUGAGCUGCAGGCCCUUAGGGAGGAGGUGGCUGAGCUCAGGAGGAGAGAGGAGCUCCUUCGAGAGGAGGCCACGAGCUUCGGCAAGGAGCGGGCCGGCCUGGAGGAUCGCCUGAGGAGCGUUUCAGAGGAGAGGGAUGAGCUGAGGAUGGACGCGGAGGUGACGCGUGGGCAGCUGUGUGGAGUGCAGGAGCGCGUCCUGGAGCUGCUGGGAGGGACGGAGGCCAGCGAGGGUCCCAGGGCCGGAGAGAAGGAGGCCAGCGAUGUCCCUGCCCUGGUGGAGAGCCUCGUGGUCGCCGCCCUGCAGGAGAAGCGGUCCCUGCUGCUGCAGAGCCAGGAGAGGGUGGCGCAGCUGACGGAGGAGCUGGAGCAGGCGAAGGAGCGAAGCGACCAGCAGGAGGCGGAGCUGCGGGCUCGGGUGGAGGAGCUGGGCCAGGAGAGGACCCUGCUGCAGGGCAGCUUGGACGAGGUGCUCGCCGACACCCAGGCCCUGCAGGGCGACCUGGCCCAGAUGAAGGACGCUAACGACAGGAUCCGGGCCGAGAACCAGGAGCUGCUCACCCAGAUGGCCACGGCGGAGGAGAGGCUGCAGGCCAGUGAGAACAAAGAGCCGGGAGAUGAAGACCAGCCAUUGGACAAAGGCACAGAUGAGAGGGAGGAGCUACGACAGCUGCUGGCAGAGAAGGAUUUACUUAUCUCCAAACUGCAGGAUGAUAUUGCACUUUUACAGGAGACCAGAGAGAAGGCCUCUUCUACCGAAGAGAACAGUGUGACAGAUCUCACUGAAAGAAUAGCCAAACUCCAGAAGGAGAGCAAGGAAAAAGACGAGAGGACGAACAAGAUAAAGGCCGUGGCGGUGAAGGCCAAGAAGGAGCUGGACAUCAGCAGGAAGGAGGUGCAGAGUCUGAAGGAGGAGGUGGAGGGGCUGAAGGUGGAGCGGGAUAGGGUCUCCAGCUCUAUGAAGGACAUUAUCCACGGAGCGGAGGGCUACAAGAACCUCCUGGCAGAAUAUGACCGACAGACUGAGCAGCUGGAUAAGGAGAGAGAGAGGGCAGAAAAAGGGGAGAAGCAGAUUGCGGACCUCACCAAUCGACUGCAAGCUGCCAUCCAGCAGCACGAGCAGCUGUCCUCAGAGAGGGAGGACCUGGCAGCUCGUAUGGACACUCUGCAGUCUAACGUCAGGCUGCUGGAGUCCCAGGCUUUAGAAAUGCACAGGCUCAAAUCUGUGCUGGAAAAAGACCUGGAGGCAGAAAAGCUUUUAAAGGAGCAGAAAAUAAAGGAUCACUCGGCCGCAGUCAGGGAGGUGGACGAGCUGCAGGCCCAGCUGCGCAGGCAGAAGCAGCAGCUGCAGCAGACUGCGCAGGAGCUGGAGCAGCUGAGGAAGGACGCUCAGCAGAACUCCCUGAUGGACAUGGAGAUGGCCGACUACGAGCGGCUGGUCAGAGAGCUCAACCAGAAGCUGGCGGAGAGGGAGAGCCACGUGGAGGAGCUGGAGGCGGAGAUCCAGACCCACAAGCAGAAGCAGGAAACUCUCAGAGAGGAGAUCGAGUCUCUGAAAUCGCUUGUCGAUCAAGGGGAAGAGAAAACCUCCAAGAUGAAGCAGCUGCUGGUUAAAACAAAGAAGGAGUUAGCUGACACCAAGAAACAGGAAGCUGCUCAGAUGGUGCUCCAGGCGUCUCUUAAGGGGGAGCUGGAGGCGCACCAGCAGCAGCUGGAGGAUUACAAGAUUCAGUGCUGUGAUCUGACUGCGGAGCGGCACAGGCUGCAGGAGCAGCUGAAGAUGUUAACAGAGCAGCAGCAGAGAACAGCCAGCUCCUUCCAGCACAGACUGAGCACUCUGCAGGAGGAGAGCAGCGCUGCCAAGGCCGAGUUGGCGUCCACGGCCGCCGAAUUUGAGAACUAUAAGGUGCGCGUGCACAACGUCCUGAAACAGCAGAAGUCCAAGAGCGCGGCCCAGAGCGAUGGCGAUGUCACCAAACAGGAGCGGGAGCACAUGGAGAGCGUGAUUGCGCAGCUGAAGGGGCGUCUGCAGGACACCCAGCAGAACUUGCAGACGACCGGCGCAGAGCUGCAGCAGCUGCAGAACGAGCAUGACACGCUGCUGGAGAGACACAACAAGAUCCUGCAGGAGACCGUGGUGAAGGAGGCCGAGCUCCGAGAGAGGCUCAUCACCCUGCAGUCCGAGAACAUGGUGCUCAAGUCUGAGCACGCUCAGACAGUCAACCAGCUGACGGCCCAGGCCGACACCCUGCGGGGCAGCUUCCGCGAGCAGAUGCGCCACCUGCAGGACGAGCACAGGAGCACCGUGGAGACGCUACAGCAGCAGAUGACCCGGCUGGAGAACCAGCUCUUCCAUCUGCAGAGAGAGUCCAGCAUGACCAGUGCAGUCCCAGUGCAGCAAGUGAGGAAGUCUCUGCCGGACAGGAAGCCCACGGACCUGCCGCUGUUCGAGCUCCAGUCCAUGGCGCGGGAAGAGGGGGAGGGCAUGGAAACCACGGAGACAGAGUCCGUGUCCUCCACCGGGACACCCCUGCCCUCCCUGGAGCAGCUCCUCACCUCCCCGGACCCAAAACAGGAGCUGUUUGUGUGGCAGGUGGAGCCCAGUAAAGAGGAGCUGGCUCAGAAGCUGAGCACUGCCACCCGCAGCAUGGAGCACAUGAACGGCCUUCUGCACGAGACCGAGGCCACCAAUGCCAUCCUGAUGGAGCAGAUCACUCUCCUGAAGAGCGAGGUGCGGAGGCUGGAGAGGAAUCAGGAGAGGGAGAAGUCUGUGGCCAACCUGGAGUACCUGAAGAACGUGCUUCUGCGCUUCAUCUUCCUCAAGUGCGGCAGCGAGAGGCAGGCCCUGCUGCCCGUCAUAGACACCAUGCUGCAGCUCAACCCCGAGGAGAAGAGCAGGCUGGCGGCCAUCGCUCAGGGAGAGGAAGAAGUGGCAGCUGGUUCUCGCGGGUCGGGCUGGACCUCCUACCUGCACAGCUGGUCAGGGAUACGGUGAGAAGGGGCAGAACCGGGCCGGUCCAGGUCCGCGUAGGCUCCACUCACGGCAGACCUCCCCGAAACUCACCACCGCUUCUUUAGCAUGUCAACCUCACACUGCACACCUUUCAUUUUCUCCAGAUCUAUAUUUUUGAUAAAACAGAUUUUUUUUUAAAGAGGCCUUUGUAUGCUUUAACAUUCGUGAGAAGGCCUGGCGGCACAUGGGCAUAUUUGUUUCUGUGACUUUUGGUCAGUUCCUAAAUCUUGGCCUUUACCUUAGGCCAUGUAAUGCACUGUUUUUAUCUGUUUUAGUUUUUGUUUGUUUGGACCCAUGCUACUAGCUGUAAUUUGAAAAUAAUUCCAUGUUAUUUUGACCAAUGUGACAACUUUAGCCUUGGUGAGCAUACUUGCACAUGUAUGCACUUUUGUUUGUCCAAGCAGAGAAUUCAAUUUCGAGUUCAGUAGCAAUUCACAAAAAUGGCUCAGAAAUGCUCUGACUCUUAUAACAAUGUAAUUAACACUGUGUGUGGAAAUGAGGAUGCACUCGCAGUGGGCUCAGGUGUUUUCUGAUAUUUACAUCAUAUUCAAACCUGGUUUCCUCUGAUGGAAUUGCUGCCUACGUAGUUAUGAUGUUAGAGGUCUCCAUGGUUGGUGCCUGUUGAUGAUGUCACUGAAGUAUAUCUCUUCACCUAAUGCUCUUUCAUUAAUAGAGGCAUUAUAAAAGUCAGGGUUCUGGAAAGACCUGUAGCAUUGAAUGUUGGCAUGAAUUUAUAUAAAUACACCGAAUAACAGGGAAUGUGUCCAAGACAACAACUGUUGGCCUGUGCUUUCACACGUCCAUUUUAAAAUUGACCUUGCGACUGAAAACGCCCUGAAUCUUCAGAAAUUCUCAGAAAAAGAAUAAACUAAUUUUUGACUUGACCAAACCUCAGACUCUAUGUUGAAGUCCCUAUUCAGUUACUGCUAUGUAACCAGGGCAGCUGCUUUAAGUACUAAUGGCAUAUUAAUGAUAAAUGACUCUGAUACCGAAGUAAGCCUGGAAGUGAAUGAAUGAAUGUAAAUUUUAUUUAAUACUUUGGCAUUUAGGUUUAAUCAUGCUUUUAAUGUUGGGAUACUUAACAUGAAAAUUGUAAUUUUACUAUAAGUUCUACACACUGGUGGGGGGGGGGGGUAUUUUUUGGGUACUUUCAUUGUUUUCUGGUCCCCAAUGAGUAAAUACUUGAGAUGUUUCAAUGUUUAACAUUUGCAUAAAAUCAGGGGUCGCUUGAAAUCAAGAUGCACUCUGAUAAAUGUUUGCUAAGAAGAAAAAUAAAAACUGACGAAACACAAAAAGUGCAAUUCUUACCAUGAUGACUAGCCAGUGCGUGAACUGUGUGAAGGGCAUAAUAAACGUCUGAUUUAAA